AUGAGCUCAGAUUCGGGAGAGAGCCAUGUCACCGCUGACAAUGAGGAGCGGGGGACAAGCGGUGCACCAGUAGAGGAACCAUUUGGAGAAUUUGUGGAGCAAGAGGAAUCAAACCAUGGUGGUGUCCUGACGAAGGAGGUUAUCGAGGAAGAGCAGCAGCAUGUGCGGGACGAGCUCCGAACUGGCGUCAAUGGAGGUUAUUUUGCGAGGCAUACGACUCGGCAUCAUGAAGAGGAGGGUACGGAUGAUGGUACAGAGGUAGGCUCUGGGUUACCUAUCCGACAACGAGCUCAGACCCCUGGGAGUCCGGAAUCAACAUCAAUACCAGAUGAUACGCCCUCGAUUCAAGGCUCAAUACUAUCCUCCCCCAGUGUACCAACCUCUCAUGCCUCCUUCUCUCGCAUGCACCAUCCUGCCGCUCUACAGCCUUUCGAACGACGCUUUUCCUCGCGAUUAACGCCAUCCCCGCUACACUCACCAAGAGUGGUCUCUCCUGCCUUCCUCAAUACGCGGUCGCGACAGUCUUCUGUGGCAAGCACUCUUUUAUAUCAGCAGAGUGAAGCAGACACUCCCCAAGCUCCAUGGGAAGUGGUACGAUGGACAAAGUUGAAGAAGAUGACGGGUCAGAUAUUCUCAGAGGUUGGGAAGCGCAAUUUUGGCCGUCCAAAUUGUCUCGCAGUUGCUGCAUCGAUUGUAGUUGGGACGUCAAAAGGCUUCGUUCUGGUUUUUGACUACAACCAAGUGCUCAAAUCCAUCAUUGGCCCAGGAACUAAAGCUAUCGAAUGUGGUCCGGUGACUUCAUUAGCCAUUUCCGCUGAUCAUUCAACCAUUGCCGGAGGACAUGCCACUGGAAACAUCUUCACAUGGGAACUUGCAAGGCCGGCCAAGCCCUUUCUUCACAUUCCGCCAACCGAAAGAGACGCUUUGGAUGGUCGACGGUCUGAUGGACAUGUCGCUGAUAACGCGGUUCUCCAUAUAGGCUUUCUAGGCACAAGACAUACUGCUCUUGUCUCCGCAGAUGAUGGUGGAAUGGCAUUUUCUCAUCUUGCCACGAGAGGUCUCGGAGCAGUAGCGAGAACGGUGAAGACCACUCGAAUUCUCGGGAGAUACCCUCUUACAGCAAAGUCAACGGAGCGACCCCGGAAACCUAGUUCAGUGCUAGCAUUUGCGCCUCUGCCAUUAGGAAAUGUGGAGCAGCCGACCGACAACAUGGGAUUGACUGCGCUUCUUACGCCGUAUCUGCUGGUCAUUGUGUCCACUACACCCCUUGCUCAAACGCAACACAAGGCCUCCAGACCGAAGGAGAUCGCACCUCACAGCACGCUAAGUGGGUGCUUGGCUUGGUUUCCCGCAGUGAAACUAAAGAAUGCCUCCGGAAAUGCACAACAGCAGGUCUCGAAAACGAAACUCGUGUACUGCUGGUCUAACAUUUUGACUAUUUUGGACGUCGAUGCCAUACCGAUAGCGGAGAAAGAAAAGCCACCGGAACUCACGUUUAAACCACGGAGUCGCUGGAGAGGCGAAGAAGCUAUUGUAGCUAUUCAAUGGUUGAGCAGAUCCGUGCUCGGUGUUUUGACCAUCAGCCAGCGUCUGAUCAUAUUGGAAGACACGUCGUUACGGAUCACGGACUCAUUCGAUCUAUUGCAGAAACACAUAUACCACGAAGAUUUGUUCUCCAAGCAGCUUCAACCAGUAGUCGAGCAACUCGAUGAAGAUGAUGUCUCAAUGCAUGGAGUUGUCGCAGACGCCUUUCACAUGAGCUUCCGGGCCUAUAAAGGGCGGUUGUUCAUUCUGGGUUUCAACGAUAUCUCCAUUGGCACUUUGUCGAACUGGGCUGACCGCUUACUGGCUUUUAUGGAAGAUGGAGACUUUAUUGCGGCUAUUGGGCUUGCUACCUCCUACUACAACGGCGAUGCAGACAAACUCACCGUCGGCUUACCAGAGGACCAUACUGCGCGGCAUAAGCUCGUUCAAGAGAAGCUCCUUGAUAUGAUGGCCGCUUCCUUGAAAUACACCUUUGCGCGGAAACCUAAUGUUCUUGAUAAAGAUACCCGAGAAAAGCAGCUGACAGACUUAGCUGAAGUAUGCUUCACUGGCUGUUUGAGUAUGAAGGAGCAAGACUUCUUGUUUGAGGAGAUUUACGACGCUUACGAAGAAGGAUCAGCGGAGGAUAUCUUCUUCCAAACUCUCGAGCCUUACAUUUUGGAAGAAGAGAUCACAGCGGUUCCGCCUAAUGUUCUAAAGGACCUCAUCACAUAUUAUGCGUCCUCAAAUCGCGCCAAAAGGCUCGAAGAGAUGCUGUGUCGGCUCAAUACUCUCACUAUGGACAUCGACCAAGUCACAACUCUCUGUCAGCAGUAUAACCUGUAUGACGCUCUCAUCUAUGUCUGGACGCAGGCACUUCACGACUACAUCACCCCACUUAUUAACAUCUUGACCCUCAUCAAGGUCGUUGAGUACGAUACUACGGAUGAUCAAACGGAGAACGUAUAUGUCACAUCCGCCAUGAAGAUAUUCCCAUAUCUCGCCUACAUUUUCACCAGUCGGGUUUAUCCGAGUGGCACGUUCAUGGACGAGGUGGAUGCCAAUCAAGCUAAGCGAGACUUGUACAGCUACCUUUUCUCUGGAAAAGCCCUUGACUGGCCGAAGGGAUCCGGCGAAGUUCUUCUUACACGCUCGGACAAGGGCCAAGAGCCAUCUUUCCCCUAUCUGCGCAUGAUUCUUUCAUUCGAUACAGGAAGUUUCAUGAGCAUGCUCAACGAGGCAUUCGAAGAUAGCUACCUGAAUGGUGAACAAGAUUCAAACCUGAAUGGGAAUGGCACUCAAACAAAUGGAACUCAACAAGCCUCGUCGUUCACGCCGACUCGACGAUACAUUAUAAACGUCCUGUUGGAAGACAUCAUCUACUUCUACAUGUUUCUAGCCCGCAACCUUCCAAAGUAUCCCCAGCAUAUAAUCUUACCCGGAACUUCUCUUCACAAGAUUCUAAUUGGUCUAUGCAACUACCCUACCGACGUCGUCAAGGACGACUGUCAGCUCAGCGUAGAAUACCUGCUUUCAAUAUACCAUCCCCCAGAUCUUCAGAGUCUCGUCCCGCUUUUCGAACAAGCCGGCUUCCAUCGAGUCCUCAAGUCUGUGUAUAAGAGCUCCCAGCAGUAUGCGAAACUUCUUGAGGCACAUCUCAACGACACCGAGAGCCGAGAGUCAGUUUUCGAGUGCAUCAGCGAUUGCAUGAGGCCUAGCAGAGGACUCAACAAAAAGCAAAUGAACGAAGUCAAGGCUGUCAUCGUCAGGCACGCGAGAGAACUUGCCAGCAUUGAUGCAUUUCGAACUGCUAAGGUUACCAAGCAAUACACUCCGGAUCUUCUACGCGACGUCCUGGAUGCUCUGGAAGAUGAGUCUGAAUCGCAGUAUCAAUUCUUACGAGCCAUCAUCGAACCGGAAGAGCAAAGCAAGGUUGAUUCGCAUUACCUUGGAGAAGGGGCUCCAUCUGGCUUCGCUGAGCGAUACGUCCAGUUGAUGUGCAAAUACAACAGCACUCAUGUCGCGGACUUUGUGAGCAUUUUGAAGUCAGGAGAUUUGCGGCUUAGCUCAGUGCUUCCCGCCCUCGAGAAGAGUGGCGUAGUCGAUGCUGCAGUUGUGCUCAUGGCUCGCGAUGGUCUCGUCAAGGAUGCCAUGGAUCGGCUUGUCAAACAUCUCGGCACCCUCGAAAUCGCUCUGACCAGCCUAAUCAAGGCCGCCGCUGACAGUCCAGACGCCGCGAAUACAGAAGAAGCCGUCGGGGAUCUCCUAGCCAGCGUCGAGAAAUACAGCAAGGUCGGAAUCUGGCUCUGCCAAGGCCAAACCCGAUCCAUGGAGCGCAACUCCACCAACCCUACUCGGCUCGACCCCUCCAUCGCCGACACCGAAGAAACCCUCGCCAUCGACGAACUCCUCUGGCUCGACCUCGUCGACACCGUCGUCAGCGUCACCAAAACCGUCUCCUCGGCCGCCUCGUCCCUACCCACCGCCCCCAACCUCGACCCCCCCAAAAUCACCACCCCCCUCCGCGCCACCGUCCAACAAACCUUCAGCGCCCUCCUCGCCUCCACCGCCGCAACACCCAAACCCACCACCUCCCCAUCACCCACCCGCUCCCGCUCCCGCCCCCGCCACCACCAACACCCCUCCUUCCUACGCAUCCUGCGCGCCUUCCUCACCCGCGCCGCCGCGUCCGCGCCCUCGCUGCGCGACCUGCGCGCCGUACUCGCCGACAUCUUCGCCGCCUACGCCUUCGAGGACACGCUCCUCGCCCUCGCGACGCGCUUCCUGGAUAAAGACGCCUUCGCGCACGUCGCGGCCGUGCACGCGCUGCGCCAGCGCGGCUGGCGCCCGCGCGGGCAGGUGUGCGAGGCGUGUCGGCGGCGCGCGUGGGGGCCCGGGGCUGGUGGGGAUAUUUGGGAUGCGUGGGCGCGACGGGGCGAGCGGGAGGAGGAGAGGAGGGGGAGGAGCAGGGGGGGGAGUGAGGUUAGGCGGCGGGAGGAGCGGGGGAAGGGGAGGGCGAGGGUUGGUGUGGAGGAGGAAGAGGAGGAGAGUGAGAGUGGGAGGGAGGAGGAGGAGGGGAGGAAGGAGGAGGGGGGGCCGUUGGUUGUGUUUGCGUGUCGGCAUCUUUGGCAUCGGAGGUGUCUGGUGCGCGCUAUGGAUGAGGGGAAGGAGGAGGGAGGGGAGGGAAGGGGUGGGAAGAGGCGGUUCAAGUGUCCGAUUUGUGCAUAA